UGCCAUUAUUCCAAUACCGCAAUGCCCCAACAUUCUCUCUCUCUCGAAAUUGAAUCUUUUUCUUUACCAAAUUUGCAAAUAAUGCACCAAGCAAUUCCGUACAGGACGUGGAUUCCGGCCGCCGCUUCCUCCUCCUGCAAGGCAGCCGAGCCUUCCGGCGAUGGAGUUGAAAAAUUGGUGUCCAAGAAUGCCGUUGUGGUUCUGGCGAAGCGUGGGUGUUGUAUGAGCCAUGUUUUGAAACUGCUGUUGUUAGGCCACGGUGUCAACCCGGCCGUCGUUGCUGUCGGUGAGGAAGAUGAGGUGGAUAUUGCCGGCGAGAUUGGGAAAUUUUCCCCCGGCACCGGAGAUGGGAAUGAUGGGAGAGUACAGUUUCCGGUGGUGUUUGUCGGCGGGAAAAUGUUUGGUGGGUUGGAAAAAGUGAUGGCGGCUCAUAUUUCCGGUGAAUUGGUGCCGGCGUUAAAGGAUGCGGGUGCUCUGUGGCUUUGAUGUUUGAUCUCUAAAGGGAAAUUAUUUUUUUUCCACAAAAAGGGAAUAUGUGGAUGCAGAGGAGAACUUUUGGAGUUAAUACAGAUGAAGUUUCGCCAUUUUUUCUUUGAAAUGCCCGGACAGAGAUUUGGUAGCUGAGAUUCAAAAUCAUGUAAAUUAUUUGUUUUGUUUUAUUUAAUAAUUAAUAAUAGCCACGAAAUUAAUUUUAUUUCUCUCUACAUUUAUAAAAUGUGAAAAAGUCGGUCAAAGGCCUAAUUAUAUAUUUUGUGAAAUCCUCCGACUAAUAUAUUUUAUAUAAA